AUGAUAUAUGAUGAUUGUGUUUUAAUUGUGCUAAUGAAGUGCAAGAAUGGCAUUCAACAUAGAAAAAAUUCGUGCCAAGAUGGUGUUACAGGCACAAAUUGUCCCAUUCCUGCUGGUUGGAAUUGGACAUAUCAGUUUCAGGUCAAAGAUCAGAUAGGCAGCUUCUUUUACUUCUCUUCCCUUGGCUUCCAGAGAGCUGCGGGUGGAUACGGAGGAAUCAUGGUUAACAACAGAGAUGUCAUUCCUGUACCUUUUGGAAUGCCGGAUGAAGAUAUUACCCUCUUUAUUAGCGACUGGAACUUAGAAAAAAAUAUUGAAAGUGGAACUAGCCUUGGAAAUCCUGAUGGCGUUCUGUUUAACGGAUUAGGCCCUUACAGAUUUGAUGAAAAUCUUGUGCCAGAUGGUAUUACUUAUCAGAUAAUAAAUGUUGCUCCAGGUAUCUCUUUGUAG